ACAAAUAUUUGCCAUGCUAUUUAGUCAAUAAGAAUCCAACCCUACCAAUAUUCUCCAAUUUUUUUAACAAACAAUUCAACUUCUACAACCAAAUCACCACACUUCGUUUCUUCUCAGAAAUUGUCCUUCUAUUGGAUUCUCUCCAACAUGCAUUUCUCUCCAAACAUAUUCAAUGUUAUCUGAAGUGCAUGUGAUGCUACAUAGAUUACUUGUUAUAGACUCUUCAUAUGUACCCCAAAGAUUCCAUUUAUAUUACAUUAUCAUAACACUAUUACCUCCCAUUCUCUGCAACCAAUAACAACAUGCAUCUCUUUCCUUUCAUUUUCACUCUCUUCUUCUUCUUCUUCUUCAUCACCAACAUCUCCAUCAUCCUAGGACAACAACCUUACAUUGGCCUAUCCACAACAGCCUGUCCUCGAAAAGGCGACUCCAAAUCAAUCCGUGGCUACACAUGUAACGGCCAAACUCACACAUGCCAAGCCUACCUCACCUUCAGAUCUCAACCAAUUUACAGUUCAGUUUCAACAAUCUCAUCUUUACUAGGCUCAAACCCUUCUCAACUCGCCGAAAUUAACUCGGUUUCUGUAAACGAAACAUUCGAAGUAAACAAAAUGGUAAUUGUUCCUGUCAACUGUUCUUGUUCUGGUAGCUAUUACCAAGCAAACACAUCCUAUGUUUUUCAAAACACAGACACUUAUUUCUUAGUUGCUAACAACACUUUCGAAGGCCUUUCCACUUGUCAAGCUUUGAUGCAUGAAAAUCAUAACCCUGCUGAUAUAUAUCCUGGUAGAGAAUUACUUGUUCCUCUUAGAUGUGCUUGUCCUACAAAGAAUCAAACUGAAAAUAACAUUAACUAUCUCUUAAGCUUUUUGGUUAAUUGGGGUGAUUCAGUUUCACUCAUUAGUGAAAAAUUUGGUGUUAACUUCAAAACCACUCUUGUAGCUAAUACUCUUACUUUAACACAAGCUACUAUUUAUCCUUUUACAACACUUCUUGUUCCUCUUUUUGAUAAGCCUAAAAGUUCUCAAAUUCAAACAGUUUCGGUUUCGCCACAUCAACAACCUUCUCCUUCAUCAACCUCGUCUUCAUCUUCUUCUUCAACCGAUAGAAAAUCGGGAAAAACUUUGGUUUAUGUUGUGGUUGGAGUACUUGGAGGACUUGUAGUUAUUAUAGCUUUAAUGUUAAUUCUAUUUGCUUUAAUUUUCUUUAAAAAGGGUAAAAAGAAAGAUGAUUUUUCGGUGAAUGUUUCGGAGAGUAUUAUUUGUUCGGCGAAAGAGAAACCUGUGAAGAAAGAAGAUGAAAAGUUGUUAGAGAUUAUAUCUGGUAUAGGCCAAUCUUUCAAAGUGUAUGAUUUUGAAGAAAUUAAGGUUGCAACAGAUGAUUUUAGUCCAUGUUUUUUGAUCAAAGGUAGUGUUUAUCGCGGUGUUAUUAACGGCGAUUUGGCUGCAAUUAUGAAAACAGAAGGAGAUGUUUCACAAGAGAUACAGAUUCUCAACAAAGUUAACCAUUCUAAUGUUAUUCGCCUUUCGGGUGUUAGCUUCAACGAAGGACAUUGGUAUCUUGUUUAUGAGUAUGCUGCAAAUGGAUCGUUAAGCGAUUGGAUAUUUUCUAACAACAAAAUGAGUGAUGAAAAGUUUCUGAGUUGGAUUCAGAGAAUGAAGAUUGCAUUGGAUGUUGCAACAGGAGUUGAAUAUCUUCAUAGUUUCACUUCACCUCCACAUGUUCAUAAGGAUCUUAAAUGUAGUAAUGUUCUUCUCGACAACGAAUUCAAGGUGAAGGUUGCGAGUUUAAGGCUUGCGAGGUGUGUGGAAGGAUUCGAAGAUGAUGAUGAAGAAUUUAUUGCUACAAGACAUAUUGUUGGGACAAGAGGUUACAUGGCACCGGAGUAUUUGGAAAAUGGAAUCGUUUCUACGAAGCUCGAUGUUUAUGCGUUCGGUGUGUUGAUGUUGGAAAUCAUCACAGGAAAAGAGGUUGCUGCUAUUUUAUCAGAAGAUAAUGAGAAUCUGAUAGAUUUUUUAAGGGGUGUAGUUGAUGAGGAGAAUGGUAAUGAGAAGUUGAAGGAGUUAAUGGAUUCUUCGUUGCAAGGAAAUUAUCCAUUUGAGCUUGCUAUGUUUGUGAUUGAAAUUAUUGAGAGUUGUUUAAAGAAGGAUCCGGGAAAUCGUCCUGCGAUGGAUGAGAUUGUGUCGGCUUUGUCAAGAACAUUAAACUCUUCAGUGAAUGUUGGUAGAUACUAAAGGGAUAAUAGUUAGAUCAGUUAGUGAGAUUUCUGUGUUUGAUAUGUUCUGGUUUUCUUUAUCAGUAUGUUGUAUGAUAGUACUAUUUAAUGUGUGUGUUAAGCUAGUACUAUUUUUAAGAUCUGUUUUUUCUGAAAAUCAAUGCAUUUUGCAGAAAGUAAAUACUAAGAGGAUGAUUGGUUUGGGUAGUCAA